CCCCACAAGGACUGUGCUAUGAACAUGGGGUUUCCCGGGUGCCUCCUGCUCCCGGAUGGGCACCCCUUUGGCAGGAGCUCAGCUGCCUAUGCUGGAGCCGGGAACACAAAGGUCCCCAUCCUCCUGGCCUGGUUUUGGGUUUCCAUGACAGGAUUCCCCAUGGCAGACUCAGGCAUUUCAGAAGUGGCUCAGCUCCGACUGGUGAACGGCCCGAGUCGCUGCGCUGGGAGAGUCGAGGUGCUUCACAACGAGCAGUGGGGAACCGUGUGUGAUGACACCUGGGAUUUAACUGAGGCCAGAGUCGUGUGCAGGCAGCUGGGCUGUGGGACGGCGUUAUCGGCCCCACGUGAGUCUCGGUUUGGACAGGGACCUGACCGUAUCUGGCUGGAUGAGGUUAACUGCACAGGGACAGAAGCUGCCCUCUCCGAAUGCAAGGCUCGGCCUUGGGGAGAGCAUAACUGUAACCACGUGGAAGAUGCCAGUGUUGUGUGCUCAGAGUCGGUCAUUCCAGACCCAGGUCCUCUCCAACUGGUGAAUGGCCCCAAUCGCUGCGCUGGGAGAGUCGAGGUGCUUCACAACCAUCAGUGGGGAACCGUGUGUGAUGACGGCUGGGAUUUAACUGAUGCUGGAGUCGUGUGCAGGCAGCUGGGCUGUGGGACGGCGUUAUCAGCCCCAGGGAGGGCUCAAUUUGGACAAGGAUCUGGGCCAAUUUGGCUGGCUGAGGUUAACUGCGCAGGGUCAGAAGCUGCUCUCUCCGAAUGCAGGACUAAGUCUUGGGGAGACCAUAACUGUCACCACAGAGCAGAUGCCAGUGUUGUGUGCUCAGACUCCGAUAUCUCAGAAGUGGCUCAGCUCCGACUGGUGAACGGCCCGAGUCGCUGCGCUGGGAGAGUCGAGGUGCUUCACAACGAGCUGUGGGGAACCGUGUGUGAUGACACCUGGGAUUUAACUGAGGCCAGAGUCGUGUGCAGGCAGCUGGGCUGUGGGACGGCGUUAUCAGCCCCAGGAAGGGCUCAAUUUGGGCGAGGAUCUGACCGUAUAUGGCUGGACGAUGUUCAGUGCAAAGGGACAGAAACUGGCCUUUCCGAAUGCAGAGCUCGGCCUUGGGGAGACAAUAACUGUCACCACGGAGAAGAUGCUGGUGUUGUUUGCACAGACUCUGGCAUCUCAGAAGUGACUCAGCUGCGAUUGGUGAAUGGUUCGAGUCGCUGCGCUGGGAGAGUCGAGGUGUUUCAUAACAAGAAGUGGGGAACCGUGUGUAAUGACAGCUGGGACCUACAGGAUGCUGGAGUUGUGUGCAGGCAGCUGGGCUGUGGGACGGCGUUAUCAGCCCCCGCCGGGGCUCACUUUGGGCAAGGAUCUGACCAUAUCUGGCUGGAUAAUGUCAGCUGCACAGGGACAGAAGCUGCCCUCUCCCAAUGCAGGACUAGGCCUUGGGGAGACAGUAACUGUACCCACGAAGAAGAUGCCAGUGUUGUGUGCUCAGACUCAGCCAUUGCAGAGCAGGCUCCAGUCCGACUGGUGAACGGCCCGAGUCGCUGUGCUGGGAGAGUCGAGGUGUUUCACAACCAGCAGUGGGGAACCGUGUGUGAUGACAGCUGGGACAUAACAGAUGCCGGAGUCGUGUGCAGGCAGCUGGGCUGUGGGACGGCGUUAUCAGCCCCAGGCGGGUCUCGGUUUGGACAGGGAACUGACCGUAUCUGGCUGAAUGAGGUUAACUGCACAGGGACAGAAGCUGCCCUCUCCGAAUGCAAGGCUCGGCCUUGGGGAGAGCAUAACUGUAACCACGUGGAAGAUGCCAGUGUUGUGUGCUCAGACUCUGGCAUUUCAGAAGAGGCUCAGCUCCGACUAGUGAAUGGCCCGAGUCGCUGCGCUGGGAGAGUCGAGGUGCUUCACAACCAACGGUGGGGAACCGUGUGUGAUGACAGCUGGGACAUAACUGAUGCUGGAGUCGUGUGCAGGGAGCUGGGCUGUGGAAUGGCGUUAUCAGCCCCAGGAGGGGCUCGAUUUGGGCGAGGAUCAGACCAUAUCUGGCUGGAUGACGUCAACUGCGCAGGGACAGAAGCUGCCUUCACCGAAUGCAGGGCUCGGCCUUGGGGAGACAAUAACUGUAACCAUGGAGAAGAUGCUGGUGCUGUGUGCUCAGAAUCCGGCAUCUCAGAAGUGGCUCAGCUCCGGCUGGUGAACGGUUCGAGUCACUGCGCUGGGAGAGUGGAGGUGUUCCAUAACAAGAAGUGGGGAACUGUCUGUGAUGACAGCUGGGAUUUACAGGAUGCUGGAGUCGUGUGCAGGCAGCUGGGCUGUGGGACGGCGUUAUCAGCCCCCGCCGGGGCUCACUUUGGGCAAGGAUCUGAGCAUAUCUGGCUGGCUAAUGUGAACUGCACAGGGUCAGAAGUUGCCCUCUCCGAUUGCAGGGCUCAGCCUUGGGGAGACAGUAACUGUACCCACGGAGAAGAUGCUGGUGUCGAGUGCUCAGACUCAGGCAUUUCAGAAGUGGCUCAGCUCCGACUGGUGAAUGGUCCGAGUAGAUGCGCUGGGAGAGUCGAGGUGCUUCACAACGAGCUGUGGGGAACCGUGUGUGAUGACAGCUGGGAUUUAACUGAGGCCAGAGUCGUGUGCAGACAGCUGGGCUGUGGAACAGCGUUAUCAGCCCCAGGAAGGGCUCGAUUUGGGCAAGGAUCAGACCGUAUCUGGCUGGAUGAUGUUCACUGCACAGGGACAGAAGGUUCCCUCACCAAAUGCAGGGCUCAGCCUUGGGGAGACAAUAACUGUAACCACGGAGAAGAUGCCGGUGUUGUGUGCUCAGACUCUGGCAUCUCAGAAGUGGCUCAGGUCCGACUGGUGAAUGGUUCGAGUCGCUGCGCUGGGAGAGUGGAGGUGUUUCAUAACAAGAAGUGGGGAACCGUGUGUGAUGGCGGCUGGGACUUACAGGAUGCUGGAAUCGUGUGCAGGCAGCUGGGCUGUGGGACAGCGCUAUCAGCCCCCGCCGGGGCUCACUUUGGGCAAGGAUCUGACCAUAUCUGGCUGGAUAAUGUCACCUGCACAGGGACAGAAGUUGCCCUCUCCGAUUGCAGGGCUCGGUCUUGGGGAGACAGUAACUGUACCCACGGAGAAGAUGCUGGUGUCGAGUGCUCCGACUCAGGCAUUUCAGAAGUGGCUCAGCUCCGACUGGUGAACAGCUCCAGUCACUGCGCUGGGAGAGUCGAGGUGCUUCACGACCAGCAGUGGGGAACCGUUUGUGAUGACAGCUGGGACAUAACUGAUGCUGGAGUCGUGUGCAGGCAGCUGGGCUGUGGGACGGCGUUAUCAGCCCCAGGAAGAGCUCAAUUUGGGCGAGGAUCGGACCGUAUCUGGCUGGAUGAUGUUCACUGCACAGGGACAGAAGCUGCCCUCUCUGAUUGCAGGUCUCGGCCUUGGGGAGACAAUAACUGUAACCAUGGAGAAGAUGCCGGUGUUGUGUGCUCAGACUCUGGCAUCUCAGAAGUGGCUCAGCUCCGACUGGUGAACGGCCCGAGUCGCUGCGCUGGGAGAGUCGAGGUGCUUCACAACCAGCAGUGGGGAACCGUGUGUGAUGACAGCUGGGAUUUAACUGAGGCCAGAGUCGUGUGCAGGCAGCUGGCCUGUGGUAUGGCGUUAUCAGCCCCAGGAGGGGCUCGAUUUGGGCAAGGAUCAGACCGUAUCUGGCUGGAUGAUGUUCACUGCACAGGGACAGAAGGUUCCCUCACUGAAUGCAGGGCUCGGCCUUGGGGAGACAAUAACUGUAACCACGGAGAAGAUGCCGGUGUUGUGUGCUCAGACUCCGCCAUUCCUGAGCAGACUCCGCUCCGACUGGUGAAUGGUCCAAGUAACUGCUCUGGGAGAGUCGAGGUGUUUCACAACCAGCUGUGGGGAACCGUGUGUGAUGACAACUGGGAUUUAACUGAGGCCAGAGUCGUGUGCAGGCAGCUGGGCUGUGGGACGGCGUUAUCAGCCCCUGGAAGAGCUCAGUUUGGGCGAGGCUCUGACCGUAUCUGGCUGGAUGAUGUUCACUGCACAGGGACAGAAGCUGCCCUCUCCGAUUGCAGGUCUCGGCCUUGGGGAGACAAUAACUGUCACCAUGGAGAAGAUGCCAGUGCUGUGUGCUCAGGCUCAGGCGUUUCAGAAGUGGCUUCGCUCCGACUGGUGAACGGCCCGAGUCGCUGCGCUGGGAGAGUGGAGGUGCUUCAUAACCAGCAGUGGGGAACUGUGUGUGAUGACGGCUGGGGCUUGUUCGAGGCUGAAGUCGUGUGCAGGCAGCUGGGCUGUGGGACAGCGUUAUCAGCGCCACAUGGGGCUCACUUUGGGCAAGGAUCUGACCGUAUGUGGCUGGAUGAGGUUCAGUGCACAGGGGCAGAAGCUGCCCUCACCGAAUGCAAGGCUAAGCCUUGGGGAGAGCAUGGCUGUAACCCCGGAGAAGAUGCCAGUGUUGUGUGCUCAGAUCAGGGACAGCUGAGGCUGCGGCUGACAAGUGGCCCAAGCUCCUGCUCCGGGCGAGUGGAGGUGCUGAUUAACGACACCUGGGGUGCCGUGUGUGACGCCGGCUGGGGCCUGCCGGAGGCGGGGGUGGUUUGCAAGCAGCUGGGCUGCGGCACGGCGCUGUCGGCCCCGGGUGUUGCUCAGUUCGGUCACGGGGCCGGCGACGUCUGGCUGGAGGGCGUGAGCUGCUUGGGCCAGGAGUCUCUCAUCACUGAGUGCCAGCUGAGCCGGCUGGGUCCCGGGCUGUGUGGCCGUGGCUCCGAGGCCAGCGUGGUGUGUGCUGGGCAGGCCGGCCCUGGGCUAUUCUGCUCUGUGCUCCUCGGCCUGGGUGCCCUCAUGGUGCUGAUCUGUGGGGCCCUGCUCUGCUGGAGGAGGCGUCGGGACAGAGCCGCUGGGAACCCCCUGGGCCAUGUGCACCUGGAGGAGCUGGGGGCUCCAGGGACCCCGGCCCGGCCCCAGGGAGUGGCAAAUCCAGAGCCCCCUGAGGAGCCCCACAGCGAGAUGACCUGGCUGGUGAGGGAAGACGCGGUGCUGUGAGAGCCGCAUGCUGGCCAGGCUGGGCUGGGCUCGGCUCAGCCUGCAGUGAGAGACGGGCCGGUGGGACCCUGCACAGAGCAGCCCCAGGGCUGCCAGCUGCCUGGGCUGUGGGGACGCUGAUGGGGCUCGUCCUGGGGCUGGGGCUGCUGGCUGGAGGUCUCAGCUCCCCCAUUACCUUCCCCAGCUGCCUUGGAAAGCUCCCCUGCUCUGUCCCACCCCCACAGCUUUCCCUGGUGCAGCUCCCAUGUCCAUCCCUGAGCAGCCUGUGCCCAGCCAUGUAGAUAGCAUGUGGUGCGCCAUGCAGAACCAUUGUCCGGUGCACAGGGACAGCCGGCUCCUUCCCCACAUUGAGACGAGCUAUGAAGAGAGACUGACUACGGGUGUCUGCCUAUGUCCGAUGCGCCAGGCCCUGUCUGUGUCCGAUGCCCCUGAGCUCUGGGAGCCAGGCCCUGUCUGUCUGUCUGUGCCCAAUGCACUCUGAGCUCGGGGUGCCAGACCCCAUCUGUCUGUCUGUGCCCGACGCCCCCUGAGCUUGGGGCGUCAGACCCCGUCUGUCUGUCUGUCUGUGCCUGAUGCCCCCUGAGCUCAGGGCACCAGGCCCACCAGUCUGUGCAGCAGCCAGCCUGGGUCCCCAGUAAAUGAUCGUUACUGUUUCUAGUGUGUAGAUAAGGUGCAGCUGCAUGAUGGUGUCUUGCGUAUUGGAAAGGAAUGGGCCAGCUUACAGAUACAGAAAGCUCCCCUCUAUCCUUCCCUCCCCGACCCUGUCCUUGUGCUGUAUAAACACCCUGCAGUACUAUUACACAGCUAGACUCGGAGACAGCAGCUGCAUCCAGGCGUGAGCCCUGUUGUGCAUUUCACUGCAAUGUGCAGGUCAGCCUAAAUGAUCAUGAUGGUCCCUUCUGGCCUUAAGGUCGAUAGCUCUAUGGAACUGUGUGUAUAAUGGUAACGAAGCACUAUCGGCAAGUCAUCCUCUUCCAUCCCUGGGGCGUGAAAUUAGUAGAGCCCCACGUGGAUACAAAAUUUGUAUCUGCAUCCGAGCCGCAAUCCACAAAAAUGAUCCAUGGAUAUCUGGAUCCAUGGAUCCGUGGCUAUAAAGCAGAUAUCCGCGAGCGUGCAGGGCUCUAGGAAUUAGGUACUUCCAUCUUUCUGCAAAAGGCCCGUUCAAGCGGCUCUGCCUCUUUUAGACAACACUUGUGAAACACGUUCUUAGCGGAUGCUUCAAAAGUCCAUUGGCCUCUCCCUAGGUAGGGUAACCAUAGUUUAGGUUCCCCCAAAGAGGACACUAUUGUGGGGGGAAGGGGGGAAUCUGGGGGGAACAGGAGGGAGUGCCUGGGGGAUGCUGGCAGGGAUGUUUGGGGGGUACUGGAGGGGUGUGUGUGUACUGGGAGGAGUACCUGGGGGAAUGUUGGAGGGGGUCCUGCAGCCUCACUCUCGAGGUGGGGGGCAGUGUCACUCCCUGUCACAGUGGCAGGGUGGCUGCGCAGACCCAGGACACAGUGCCAACUGUUAGUCAGCAUCUCCCUGCAGGCCUCUCCCCCUCCCCAGGACUAUGUGGGUGGGAUCCCGGAGCACCAGAAGUUUCCUAAAAGUGGGGGGGCCACCGGCGACCGAACAGUGGUCCCACCCUCCAUGCCACCCGUUCCUCCCAAGUCCCCACCCUCGCGCCGCCCCUUCCCCCCAGACCUGUGCCCUAGCAUCACCCCUUCUCCCAGAGCCCCUGCCCAUACACCGCCCCUUCCCCGAGACCCUGCUCUUGCACUUCCCCUCCCCCCGAGUCGCCGCCCUCCUGCUGCCCCAUCUCCCCAAGCCCCUGCCCUCGUUCCGCCCCUUCACCCCGAGCCUCCGCCCUCACACCGCCCCUUUCUCCGAGUCCCUGCCCUCACGCUGCCCCGUCUCCCCGGGCCCCUGCCCUCGUUCCGCCCCUUCCCCCAGAGCCCCUGCCCUCACACAGCCCCUUCCCCCCAAACUCCCUCCCUUGCAUCAUCCCUUUCCCCAGGACCUCUGCCCUCUUUCUGCCCCUUCCCCCCCCCCCGGGGCCCCUGCCCCCUCUCCCCAUCGCUCAUCCUUACAGCUGGUCAAAAGUGGCCCCCCAUUCCGGCAUCCAUGAUGGGAUCCAGCUGCUGUGGCUGCAGGGAAGGGACCAAUCAGAGAUCCAUCUGAGUUGCGACCUUGGCUCACAAAAAUUCCAGAUGUUGUCUCUUAUUUGACAAAUCUGCCAGAACAGAGGGCGGUGGAUCAAAAAAGAGGAAAUAUCCGGGAAAACCGGGACGUAUGGUAAUCCUAAUGCUAGGUAAGGAGAAACUUCCAUCUGUGCUCCAGAGUCUGGGGAAGGAGGGUUGUGAGGGCAGUAGGCUGCCCUCCUCCCCACGGUGCCUGAGUGUGACUGCUGCUAGGGUGUCCCUUGGUUGUGCUCUGCCAGGGAGCGGAGCCUGUGGAAAAGGCAUUUGAGUCUGUGUGACCGGGCAGUUCAGCUCACCCCCCCCAUUCCGCUCGGCCACACUGCUCUGCUCCCUGCAUAUGGAAUGGAUCACAAGUCCCAGUGGCAUUUUGGGAGGAUUUUUAAGUGUGGAGGUUGUGGCCUGGGUGUCCAGCAUCCUGGGGGUACGGUGCUGGGUAGGUGCAGCUCCACACAGAUGGUGCAGGUUGAGUGAAAUGAUGUGUUUGUAGAGGAGUGGGAGCCCCGCCCCGCCCCCCGGGACAAUCCAUGUCGCUCUGCUUGUCUGUGCGUGUCAGGGAGAGGCUGUCCAGUCCCUCCCAGUUUCAGAGCUGCCAUGUGUGGGCCUCGCCGUGCCCCCAGGCUAGCCUGGGCCGGUGGAACCCUAACAGGGAGCUCUUUGAGCCUGGCUGCGUGAGGCACCUCUGGCUCUCCAUUCAUUGUGUGGGUGCGUUGGGUGCCUAACUCAGGCUGUGAGCAAUUCUGUGAUUUAUUUUUUUAGCCUCCAAACUCCUUGUGAGUAUCCAGCCCUUUCAUAGAAGAUUAGAGUUGGAAGAGACCUCAGGAGGUCAUCUAGUCCAACCCCCUGCUCAAAGCUGGACCAACACCUAGUAAAUCAUCCCAGCCAGGGUUUUGUCAAGUCAGGCCUUAAAAACCUCUACAGAUGGAGAUUCCACCAUCUCCCUAGGUAACCCAUUCCAGUGCUUCAGCACCCUCCUAGUGAAAUAGUUUUUUCCUAAUAUCCAACCUAGACCUCCCCCACUGCAACUUGAGACCAUUGCUCCUUUUUCUGUCAUCUGCCACCACUGAGAACAGCCGAGCUCCAUCCUCUUUGGAACCCCCCUUCAGGAAGUUGAAGGCUGCUAUCAAAUCCUGACCCCCCCACUCUUCUCUUCUGCAGACUAAAUAAGCCCAGUUUUCUCAGACUCUCCUCGUAAGUGAUGUGUCCCAGCCCCCUAAUAAUUUUCGUUGCCCUCCACUGGACUCUCUCCAAUUUCUUCACAUCCUUUCUGUAGUGGGGGGCCCAAAACUGGAUGCAGUACUCCAGCUGUGGCCUCACCAGUGCCAAAUAGAGGGGAAUACUCACUUCCCUUGAUCUGUUGGCAAUGCUCCUACUAAUGCAGCCCAAUACGCUGUUAGCCUUCCUGGUGACAAGGGUACACUGUUGACUCAUAUCCAGCUUCUCAUACACUAUAAUCCCCAGGUCCUUUUCUACAGAAUUGCUGCUUAGCCAAAUCCGUCCCCAGCCUGUAGCGGUGCAUGGGAUUCUUCCUUCCUAAGUGCAGGACUCUGCACUUGUCCUUGUUGAACCUCAUCGGAUUUAUUUUGGCCCAAUCCUCCAAUUUGUCUAGGUCACUCUGGACCCUAUCCCUACCCUCCAGCAUAUCAUAGAAUCAUAGAAUAUCAGGGUUGGAAGGGACCCCAGAAGGUCAUCUAGUCCAACCCCCUGCUCGAAGCAGGACCAAUUCCCAGUUAAAUCAUCCCAGCCAGGGCUGUCAAGCCUGACCUUAAAAAUCUACCUCUCCCCACAGUUUAGUGUCAUCCACAAACUUGCUGAGUGUGCAAUCCAUCCCAUCAUCCAGAUCAUUAAUAAAGAUGUUGAACAAAACCGGCCCCAGGACUGACCCCGGGACACUCCGCUAGAUCCAGGCCGCCAACUAGAUAUUGAGCCAUUGAUCAUUACCUGUUGAGCCCUUUGCUUGAAACCAUUUUGUCUUUAUCCCUUGUACUUCAACUCAUUUAAAACCUUUUAAUUCAA